AAGUGUGGGAGAGUAUAACCCCUCAAACAAUCAUUAAUUGCUGGAGAAAAACUGAAAUAGUGCUAUCAAAUAAGUGGAGUAAUCUAAAUUGGAAUGUAAUGAGAAAUGAAGAAGCAGACAAUGAAUCUAAUAUUAUUGAUGAUGAUCUUGAAAUCGAAGAGAUUGUUCUUGAUGAAGCUGCUAUUAUUGAAGAGGUCCUCUAUCAGUCUGAUUCCAGUAAUAGUGAUGAAGAAAGUGAUGUUGAAAUUGAAAAAAUUCUUCAUUCAGUUGCCUUAGAACAAUGCAGUUCACUAAUUCAAUAUGUAGAACAACAAGAACCUGAAAAAUUUGUAAAGGAUCAAGAUUUACCACAAUUGAGAAGUUUGUUAAGACGAAUCCGCCUAAAUGUAUUCAAAUCAAAAGAGCAAAAGAAG